AUGCAGACCAACUUUUUCUACGGUCUUCGCGACAACAACCGUCGGAAUGCACUUGGGAGUGGAAUAUGUGCAGUUCCGGAUGAAAGUGACGACGGGGGCUGCAGCAGUGGGUCGGAUGAUGAAUGGACGCCUGACGUAAACAACGAAGUUACGGAACACUUCUCAUCUGAUGAGGAAGAUGCAGCUACCGACGUCGCAGCUGUGAUCGACAAUACGCCAGCAGAAGACGAUCAGAAACCCCUUCAGGUAAAGAAAAUGAAGUGGAAGGAUCCCACACACUCCGUAGCUGCGGCGUACCCUGUAUUGGUUGAACCACCGGAGACAGGUGCUGCUAGUUCUCGGUCGCCUUACGAGUACUUCACUGACUUCUUGGACGAAGAGAUGCUUGAUUACGUCGUGGAGCAAUCAAAUCUCUACUCAGUGCAACAGAACCCGAGUCAGACGCUCAAUCUCAACCGAAGUGUGAGACUUUCAGGCACAAGAAGGUACUGGUCCCGUAACUACAGAAUUGCUCAAGUUGCUGACACUAUGCCACGGAACCGCUUUGAGAAAAUCAAGAAAUUUCUGCAUUUUAAUGAUAACUCUACGCUGCCAACACCAUGUGAAGACAGGCUCUUCAGGCUGCGUCCAUUCUUCGAAAUGGUGCGUGCAAAAUUUCUGGACCUCCCGUUCAGCAAGGAGAUGCUGUCUGUUGAUGAGCAGAUAAUACCCGACAAGGGAAAGAGCUCACUAAAACAGUACGUGCCAAACAAGCCCAGAAAAUACGGGUACAAGAUGUUCGUACUUUGCGAUUCAACAGGCAUUGUGCACAACUUUGAACUGUACACGGGGAAGAUACUCCCUGCAAAUGGACACUGUGAUGUCGGUGCGAGUGGCAACAUAGUGCUCACCCUCGCAUCCGCCAUUCCCUCCAACAAGAACUAUAAACUCUACUGUGACAACUGGUUCACGAGUGCUCCCUUAUUCUACGAACUUGCAAAAAAGGGCGUUUGGGCUCUUGGGACUGUGAGGCGAAACCGUCUACCUGGAUGUAGUCUGAAAGAUGACAAAGCUCUGAAAAGUGCUGGCCGUGGAUCCUUCCAUGAAAAGACUGCGUCUCAUGAUGGUGUACCAUUUCAUGCCGUCACGUGGUUUGACAAUCGUUCAGUUAGUUUUCUGAGCACCUUUGUGGCCACUGAUCCUGUUGAAGAUGUCACAAGAUAUGACAAGAAGGAACACAGGCACAUAGAAGUACCGUCGCCUGCAUGCAGACAAACCCCCAUCAGUAUCAGCUUUUCAACGCGCUUUGCGUUUAGUCGAUUCCACUUCACUGUCAGUGUGUUUCCCGCGUUUGAGAAUACCCUUUCUGAAGGAACUGAUGUGCCCACAAUACAUAGGUACUUUUCCGACAGCAAGUGA